AUGACAGAACCCUUUCCGAACCCGGCUCUGUCGGGACAGUCGAUUGCGCAGGACGAUUACCUCGGCCAUCUUCUUUCGUCCAACAAUUCCCGCUCCAACUCCCGCAAAGCGUCUCUUGCGUACGGCAGCAUCAACGAUAAUGAGCCGGUAUUAAGGCGUUCUCGCAGUCUUACAGAAUCUAUAACCAACUCAAUGAUAGUGGCUACGAACGUGACGUGGGAGCAGAUCCAGCGUCGCCGGUUUCUGUCGGUGUGUGUGUUUGGGUGUCUUUUCAUCUUUCUCUUCAAUUUGGUGUUUCUUCCGCGGACCUCGUUGGACAGGGAUUUGCGACGUCUCCAUGGCGAGUUUCUCACCUUUGACGACUGUUCGCGGCUAUUUUUGACCCAGCUCAACUUCAAGAACAACGUCAGGAGCUACAUGGAGUUCAUGGAGCGCGACGUGUACUUGCCUGGCAAGAACCACGAGGCGGUGGAGUCGUUUUUCAAGAAAAACUACCAGUUCAGAACGUACUCUGACAAGUACGAGACCUGGAUGGGCAGGCCUCUGAAGACGCAUCUGAAGAUGUACGACGGCGACGCCGUGGUAUAUGAGGCAAAACUGAAAGAAAGCGAGCUUCUGUCGUUCCACCCGUACUCUGCCAACGGGACUGUCAACUCCGAGUUCGUUUACUUGAACUAUGGUCUGGAGCACGAUUACGAGACCGUUCGCAACGCCGGCGUCGAGGUGGGUGGUCUGAUUGGCAUUGUUCGCCGCGGGGGGAUCAGCGUCGAUCGCAAGAUCGAGAUCGCUCAGGAACACGGGGUCUCUGCCGUUUUGGUGUACUCCGACCCGUACGACGACGGACAGCAGAGAGUCAAGAACGGCCGCAAACCGUUUCCAUCUGGGCCGGCACGGAAACCGUCCAGCGUGGACAAGGAGACGGUCAGUUUCCUUGCUGAGCAGCCGGGCGACCCGACGACGCCCGGCUGGUCGUCGACGCUUUUUGCUCACAGGGUGGAACCAAAAACCGUUCCGAAAAUUCCCUCCUUGCCGCUCAGCUACGAAGACAUCGAGCCUAUCCUGAAGACCCUGGGCGGCCCGGAUGUGGGCUGGCGCGGCGACCUGGAUUUUUCGUACUCGUGCGGGCCCUCGAGCUAUUCUCUUGACCUGCUCAACAUCGUCGAGUACAAAAUCAAGCCUAUCUACAACAUUGUGAACGAGAUCCCAGGCGUGAUCAAGGACGAGGAGCUGAUCAUCGGCGCGUCCAGAGACUCGAUCGGCGGCCUUGGCGGCGUCUCGGGCGGCCAUGUGGCCAUGAUGGAGCUGGCCAGGGGGUUCGACGAGCUCGUCAAGCUCGGCUGGAAACCGCUCAGAACCAUCAAGCUUAUAUCCUGGGACGGGUCCAGCUACGGUCUGCUGGGGUCCACGGAGUUUGGGGAGUUCUACUCCAACAAGCUCGCGAAAAACAAUAUUCUUUACAUCAACUUGGAUAAAAUAAACGGCUCGCAAGUGAAAAUACAGAGCCACCCGCUUUUCAACGAGCUGCUGCAGAAAGUGAUGAAGCAGGUGAUGGUGAACGAUAGGCAGACGCUCCACCAGUACUUCGCAACAUCGAACUCGUCGAUGGGCCUGAUCUCGACCGGAAUGGGCGACUACUCUGUGUUCCAGAACCAUUUAGGCAUUCCGUCGCUGAACCUCGGCUUCUCGAACAAUAAAAACACAGACCCUGUGCCGUACUUCAACUCGCUGGCGGACUCGCUCGAGUGGUACACCAGUCUGGACCCAGACCUCAAAUUCCCAAGUGUGAUGGCGCAGUUUGCAGGCCUGUUUGUGCUCCAUCUCAGCGAAAAGGAAAUUCUCCAUGUGAGAACUCACGACUACAUCGCCACCAUAUAUUCGCGCUACAGACACAUAGUCGACGAGGUGCCGUCUUAUUGGCUCGACCGCAUAUGUGAAGACGAGUCCAACACGCGGCUGGAAACAAAACUGAAGGAGAUGGACACACUUUUCCAGACCCUGCUGAAAAAAAGCUCGAGCUUCGACUCAAACCUUGAGCUUCUGCAAAAACAGAUUCUUCAGGACUACCCGUGGUUCAGGCUGCUCACGAAAAUCAAGAUCGCCAUCAAAAUCAAGGUGGCCAACCUGAAGGUGCGCUCGCUGGACCGGAUGUUUGUGACGGACCCGGUGCUUAAAGACCGCGCGUGGAUCCGUCACCUCAUAUUCGCCCCCUCCCGCGACUCACAGCACGUCUGUGUUCUUGCGGGGCUCGCAGAGCCGCUCAAGGCCGCAAACUACGACACGUUCGCCGCCAACCUCAACGUUGUCGGCGACGCUUUAACGAAACUGCACCGCAAACUGUGA